AUGUCGACCGAUCAAGUCGCGCUACUCCAGCGUCUCGGCGCCUCCGAGAUGGGCGACAUGGACAUCAUUGCAACGCCGUUCGGCGACCGCCACCUUGUCUACGCCGACUAUGUCGCGUCCGGUCGGUCUGUGGACUUUAUCGAAGCCACGAUCGCGCAAAAGAUGCUGCCGCUGUACGCCAACACGCACACCGAGACGUCGCACUGCGGGCACCAGAUGAACCAGUGGCGCACGCAGGCCCGCGAGUACAUUGCGUCCCAAGUCGGCGCCGACCCCGCCUCGGACGUUGUCCUCUUUACGGGCGCGGGCUGCACGGGCGCCAUCAACCUCCUCGUCGGUCGUCUCGCGCGGCUCUACAAGCUCAGCCGCGCCGUGGUCUUUAUGGGGCCCUACGAGCACCACUCAAACGACUUGGUGUGGCGUGAGUCGGGCGCCAAGAUUGUCCGGAUUCGGCCCGGCAAAGGCGGUGGCGUCGACCUCGCGCAUUUAAAAAACUGCUUGGAAAAGUUUCGUCGCCGCGCGCUCCUCAUUGGCACCUUCUCGGCCGCGUCCAACAUUACCGGCAUCACCACCGAGACGGUCCCGGUGACGCAGCUCCUCAAGUCCUACGGCGCGCUCGCGCUCUGGGACUAUGCGGCCGCCGCGCCUUACAUGCCCAUUGACAUGCACGAAGGCGGUGUCGCGAAAGACGCCAUCUUCUUCUCGGUGCACAAGUUCCUCGGCGGCCCAGGAACCCCCGGUGUCCUUGUCGUGAAGCAGUCGCUGUUUAGUCAGCCGACCCGGAGUGGCGUCGCGCCCACGACGCCGUCGCCGUGCACCGGGGCGUCCGCAGCAAGCGACUCGGCCCACACGAGCUCUGGCGGCCCCGAGAGCAGCGAAGGUGGCAGCUCGGAACUCGAUGCAACCAACACGUCUCGCACCGGUAGCAGCAGCACGACCACCACCAACAAUCAGCUCUCCGCGCGCAAGACGACGCUGCAUUCCACGGUUGUCCGCGGCGUGCGCAAGGUCAUGGCCAAGAAGACCGCCAAGAUGAACGACGUGCCGGUCGUGCCCGGGGGAGGCACGGUCUUCCUCGUCUCGCGCCGAACGCACCAGUACGUCGACGACAUUGCCGAGCGCGAGGAAGGGGGCACGCCGGACAUUGUCGGCGCGCUCCGGGCCGCGAUGGUCUUCCAGCUCAAGGCGACGCUCGGAGUCGCCUUUCUCGAGAGCCAAGAGCAUGCGAUUGCGACGCGCGUGCAGACCGCGCUCGGGUCGCACUCGAACAUUGUGCUGCUCGGCGACCCGUCGGCGCCCCGGCUGCCCACCUUUUCGUUCUUGAUCCGGCACGAGACACUCUUUCUGCACCCGCAGUUUGUCGCGCGCCUCCUCAGCGACCUCUUUGGCAUCCAGUCGCGCUCGGGCUGCGCGUGUGCCGGGCCCUACGGCGCGCUCCUCUUCCAGAUGCCGGACGAGCUCGCGCACAUUUUGUUUUCGCUCAUGCAGCGCAAGGCGCUCUUCAUCAAGCCCGGCUUUACGCGGCUCAACUUUCCCGUCUACUGGUCCAGUGCGCGGGAAGCGUUUGUCGUGGAAGCGAUCCGGUUCGUCGCCGACCACGGCUGGCGCUUCGUGCCGCUCUACGACCAGUGCUUGAGCACGGGCGUGUACACGUACCGAGGUGGCGCGCCCGAGCUCACGCCGCUCGCUGACGUCUUUGCCGACCUGGCCAGCUUUACGAUGCCGACGACCAACGACAAGCCGGUCGUCGACGAAGCGAGUGUCUUUGCGCACGCCAUGGGAAGCGCGCGCGGCCUUGCGUCCGAGCUCAAGGCGUCGCCGCGCUCGCGCUACUCGCUGCCAGACCCCGAGUACCUCGUCGAUCCGGUCGAGGUGCUUAAAGACCUCGCGCGCUGCGACCACGACAACAUGCGGCACUUUUGCUGGUUCCUUACGAGCCACGACGUGCUGCGCAAAGUGUUCAAGAACGUGACACCAGACCGCGUCAGCGUCUUUCGACCGCUCUUCAACAACACGGUGAGCCGGUGGCCCGCGGCGCUGACCACGAAGGAGCUCAAGGCGCUCAACAAGGUCGCGUACAUGGAAGCCGACAAAGUGCACUCGAUCUAUGGCCCGCGCAUCGUGCAGAAGCUCAUGGGCUUCAAGUAACAUCUCUUCGUGCGUGUCUUCUUCUUCGUAACCAG